AUGCAGGAUCCAAAAACAUUUGAAAAGAUUUUCCAGCAUAUUAAAACUAAGGUUGGGGACAUUAAGGGGAGUGGAAGAAGAGGACAAGAAAAAGGCCUUGAAGGCAUUGUUGCGAAAGUGGAGGGGCUUGCUAAUGCGUACAAGAAUGGUUUUAAAACUAGUGUGGAUGGGUGGUUGGAAGGUAUAAUAGGGAAUGGGAAGCCACAAUGGGACAGGAAUUAUAAGCCGGGGUUGAAAGCCGUGACUACUUGGAUCAAGGCGUAUGUUCAGGAACAGCGGAAUUGGAAAGAUGAAAACGCAGUGAAGGAACAAGUCAAGAAUAAAAUUAAGGAUGAACUUAGCACUGAGGUUACUCAGAAAGCUCAGCAGCAAAUGGACAGUGUAAAAAACACAAUCACAGAUAAUAUUACUGCUGUCAAGAAGGUUUGCGAGGAAUUUGUCAAGAAACUUGAUGAGCAGAUCACGAAGAAUUCAAUUAAAAGCUUUGCUAAUAGGAUAGUCAACGGGAUUGAGCGUGGGAUAGGAGUGUCUCCUUGUUCUGCCGACAACCCUGAUUCUGAUCUCACUACCGCCGUUAAAUACACCCUCGUUGCGCUCUGCGUUGCUGUCAAGACUGUGGCCGACGAGCUUCAGUCAUUAGGCAUCGGCAAAUUUGGCGAUAUUUUGGACCAAAUCAAGCCGACUGUAGAUGAGCUUCACGGUCAGCUUGACAAGGCAACUCAAAAUGUCUCCACACCUCCCACCCCCGGUGAUGGCACAGCCCAAGCCGUGGACAGUAAAUUGGGGGAAGUGAGGGAAAUGGUUGAGAAGGAUGCGCUUGUCAGAAAAUUUAAUGAGCAGGUCAAAAAUGAACUUCAAACAGCAGUCGGCCAACUUCCCGGCGCCGUUGAUGAUUUCAACACUAAAGCUCAAGAGCAGAUCAGGGCUGCGGCCACAAUCGUGUGCAAGAUCCAGACAAAUCUGACAAAAUAUAUAGCAUAA